AUGGUCCUGGAAGCAAAGCGUUCAUUGAAACGAUACCUGCCAGCUAGGCUCGAGGACGAUGGUGCUUUCGUCAUGUCUGAAGAAAAAGAAAAGGUAACGAAUAAGCCCAUCGGGAGAGAGAUUAGGGCUAUCACUCGCACAUAUGACCACCCAGAUCGCGUUUACCUAUCCCAAGAAGGAUAUGACCACGGUCUAUCCCUUAUAUCCGACAUAGCGCUGCCGAGUGUGAGUAGCCCUCCUGGCUAUCCGUCAGUAACUGAGUGGGGAGAACAUUCAGCGGCUCUAGAUGACCAAGAAGUUUAUGGUCGUCAGUCACCAGGUUACAUCAAAGAUAAAGUGGACUUCGAUCCUCUUUGA